CGUGACGCAAAAAUAGAAAUUUUGCUGGUACGAUUUAGUAGCAGAAAAGAAUUGAGUACUCACUGCUCACUGCUCACUGCAACUGCCUCACUGGUCAAUGAACAAAAAGCAGUAAUGGUGGUUCCGUUUCCUUGCAGCAAUUCUUCCGUUUUCCACCGCCGUAGCAUUUUCAGGGAGGCAUCACCGCCUCAGAUCCGUCGUAAAUCUCAUCCAUGGAAGAAUUUCAACUCUUUAGCUUCGAAUACUCACUUUUCUUGCUCGCGAUCGGAUUUACAGCUCUCUGUUUCUUCUCCGAAGUUCAUCGAGAACUUGCUGGAUUGUGUUGAUUUGAGUGAGGAGGAGGCGCAAAACUCUUUGGAGUUUUUGCUCGGAGAUGCUAAUGAAGCUCUGAUCAGUGCUUUCCUUGUUCUUCUUAGAGCCAAAGGAGAAACUUUUGAGGAGAUUGUAGGGUUAGCAAAAGCAAUGAUCAAUUGCAGUCGAAAGGUGGAGGGGAUAGAGGACGCAGUCGACAUUGUAGGGACGGGUGGAGAUGGGGCUAACACGGUUAAUAUAUCAACUGGAGCUGCUUUACUUGCUGCUGCCUGUGGUGCUAAAAUUGCCAAGCAAGGAAAUCGAUCCAGUUCUUCUGCUUGUGGAAGUGCGGAUGUAUUAGAAGCAUUGGGAGUGAACAUAAAUUUGGAACCCGAGGGAGUGAAGAGAUGUUUGGAAGAAGUAGGUAUCGGGUUUAUGAUGUCUCCUAAUUAUCAUCCAGCAAUGAAGAUUGUUGCACCAAUUCGAAAGAAGCUAGGAGUGAAGACUGUUUUCAACGUGUUGGGUCCUAUGCUUAACCCUGCUAGGGUUCCCUUUGCAGUCGUUGGGGUAUACAAGGAAGACAUUGUUACUAAAAUGGCAAAAGCUCUACAAAGAUAUGGCAUGAAAAGGGCUUUAGUUGUACAUUCUGAGGGUUUAGAUGAGAUGAGCCCACUCGGUCCUGGAGUAGUUUUUGAUGUCACUCCAGAAAAGAUCAAGAAAUUCCAUUUUGACCCAUUGGAUUUUGGGAUUCCUAGAUGCACUGUUGAAGACUUGCGAGGGGGGGACCCACAAUACAAUGCGAAGGUGCUAAGAUGUGUAUUGUCGGGUGAGAGUGGACCUAUUGCAGAUGCAUUGGUCCUAAAUGCAGCAGCAGCACUUACAGUGAGUGGACAAGUUGGCAACUUAUCAGAAGCAGUGGCUUUUGCACGCGAUACACACCAAUCUGGAAAGGCUCUUAAGACACUAGACCAUUGGAUUUUUGUCUCAAAUUCUUAAUUAUUUUGCAAGAAUUAAAUAAGAUUUUAUGUACGCCUUUUUGGUAUUUGUUUUUUUGUAAUCGAAAAAUAAUUGGAUUAUAUAAGAUAAUAGACUCCAUGAAAACAGUACAUGAUAUUAAAACGCAACAUUUUUAAUCAGUUACAGAAACACCAUAAGUUCAUGAGCAAAUACUGAAAUACGCAUAAAAACAGAAUUUCAGAAAGUUUAUGAUAAAUAUAAAUUCUGUUUAUAAAGAUAACCAUGAGAUAGUUAUUUUAUUUACUUAUUAAGAUUUGGAAGCAAUUGCUCCAGCUUCUGUCAGCAGGGGGACAAGCUUCCCUCCUUUGUGCAUGCCAACAGUGCCUACAGCCACCGAUGUGCUUUCCACCAAUAAACACAUUUGGCACAGUUCGUUGACCAGUCCACUCAUGCAAUGCUGACUGUAUCUCACCUCCAUCAUCUUGUAUUGUCAAGCUCGAUAGCUUUGAAGGAAGAAUUAAGCUCCGUCAAC